GUUUAUCCGAACCUUUUACGAUUUACGUAAUCGGAGUUCGUAUAACGGCGGCUCAACGAUUUUUCUCGCCAUCUAUUACUUUUCGCUCGCGCAAUAAGAGCUCGCGAUUUCUUUCUAUUUGCGAUCUUGACACUUUACCGACCGCUGGCGAUUCAACAGCAUACGCAUCUCAGGCGCAGAUUCUCCCUAGCGCCGCCUCUGUUUCGGUUUAGACCCUCCGAUACCAUUCUUUUUGUUCAUCGCGAACGGUACGUUUUUCAAAUUGGUAUAAAACCGUGGCAGCUCACAAAGCAACGCAGCCGACGCAACUGAGCAAGGUACCUUAGUACUAAAUAACGAAUUACUGCUCGAAUAACGAGAAAGAUCGUCGGCGACAAAAAGCCGAUUAAUUGGCUAUCGAUCGGUAACCAUCGGUGACAGAAAACCGGUGAAUCGGCCAUCGGUCGGUAAAGUGUUAAUCCGGAUACAGAGAAAUUACUCAUCCUCCUCGGCUGUUAAUUGCUUUACACCGUUCAACGUUAUCGUAUCUGUACAAGGGUUCUCAGCCGUUAGACGAAUAAAUAAAUAAAGAAAUAAAAUUUCGCACCGAUAAGUAGAAUUCGGAUAAACCGAGUUCUACCUUGGCGAUAGAGUUAAAUUGGAAAAGAUAGCGAUACGUACCUCGUUCAUUCCUAUGGCCACUCGUUCGCUGAUGUAGCGGAGAUUGUCGCGUGCCCGUCGAACCUGUCAACACGCGGGGAAUGCUAGCGGAAGAUUGAUACGCGCGAUCGAUCGUUCAUCGACUAAAAUACGUUACUAUCGUGGUGAAUUCUCUCAUCUCCGUCAUGAUCUUGUGCCGCAGUCUCGCAGCCGCUAGAAACUAUACGAUCGCUGUUACGCGUCUUCUUUCGGCUCCUGCGGCCGAUGUUACGAGAUAAUUCGUUUUGUGGUAGCUUACGCGCUGAAGAACGUAGAACAGAAUCGCCAUGUUGACGAACAUUGGGAUCGAGCUGCCGAGCACGUGUUGAACGAGCCGCAUCGUCGCGCAACGAUCAGACGUGAAACGCCGCGAAAAUGUUCCUUUCCCGUGGCAUCGUCCUCCACGCGGUACUCUCCUAUCGAAUUUAUACCUCGACGAAACAAAACACGACUUGGCGCUUAGCCGCUGCCAACUUCGUUUCCAACCAUCUUGUCUUUCCGUUCCAAUACGAUUUCCCUCUCUGUUCCGAACUUUGGUGCUGACAUUUGGAACACGUGGAAUCGCUUGGAAUCUGCAUACGUAGAGCUUCAAGCAUCGAGUGGUGUUAGAAAUGAUACGAAUUCGUCGCCGUAUACCGUACGACUGCUAUUCCACGCGAUUCCAAGUGUUUCCGUUCGCGUUACUAUCGAUCCUCCGUUUAGAAUAUCGGAAGAUCGCAGUUUCGUGUAUGCCGCUUGCGUUUUCUCGAUUUUACGAAAUCUUAUCAGAACGUUCGACACGAGAUGUUCGAUGGAUAUAUACUCGUCCGAGCGAUAAUUUAAUAAGGAUAAUUUAAUCCUAACUCUUCGUCCACUGGUCGUGUAUAGUUUAUUUGUUUUUUUUUUUUUUUUUUUGCUUCUUGAUUUUGCUGCCUCUAAACGCAUUUUUCUAUCAUAUUUUUCCUUCGGAGUUGUUCACGCAGACCCUUGCUUCUGAUAUUGUCAACAUUGUAUACUUAUCGAAGAACCGAUAAAAUAAACAAUCGAUAACAGGCUUGUGGUGACGUUCAUGUUCAUUACGCUAUCCAUACUCUUCCUAUAUUAUCUUAAAAACGGAAGAAACGAGGGAAAUAAUUUUCACGAACGAAGAACGACGAGAGAAAUACGAAUACGUAUUAAGAAAUAAGAAAAACGAUGAUACGAACGAAGACGUUUGUUGUCGUUGCAAUCGUUAUGGAUUCCGCGUAAUUCGCGACGUUAUCGUUUUGCCAUCGGUUUGAAAGUCCAACGACGUACGAACUUUCAAGUAAUUGCCUAUCCACGUUUUUCCCCUCGUGCGAUGCGUUUUAUAACGUGCACGCGCGCGGGUAUUUAUAAAUUAUACAGCUACGCCUAGUGGUUCUUUAGCGCGGUAUGUACGCGUUUGCGUGCCGUUGAAAUCGCAUCGAUCCGUCACUCGAGUUCGUGUCGCGAUGUACGUACAACAACGAUGCAUGCUGCAUGUGCAUUUGCGUGUAUAAACGUUCCCUCUCUCGGCGAACGAGUUUCCACGAUAAGCCUAUGUUUCGAGCGGUAACGCGCAAUUGAGCAGAUACUGCGCGUCCGUUAUCGCGAAACUCGAUUAAUUUAAUGCACUUGCUCGAAUUGACUCGAUCUGCUUCGUUCUGUCGGUAUACGUAUAUAGAUUCACCGAUCGGUCGGGUCGAUACGAUACGCAGAGUCCUUUCGAGGUUGUCCAAGUCGUGUGCGUGGCGUUCAAAGUCAUUCGGAGGUCGUAUUCGUUUCACUCGUUGGUUUGAAAGCGGUUUAAAAGUGGCGCGUGGCAAAGAUCGGUGCGAACCUGGUGGCGAAACGGCGCGUUAAGAAAGGUUCGUGGCGCCACUUGCAGCAGUGUGUUCGCGCACGACUGUUUCGAGUGCAGCGCUAACCACUCUGUGAUUAUUCCGCCCGAAGAAUCGCCAAAAAUAUGCAAAAAUAUGAGAAGCUCGAGAAAAUAGGAGAAGGUACUUAUGGAACCGUUUUCAAAGCCAAGAACCGCGAGACUCACGAAAUCGUUGCUUUAAAGAGAGUUCGAUUGGACGAAGACGACGAAGGUGUACCGUCGUCCGCGCUCAGAGAGAUAUGUCUACUGAAAGAGUUGAAACAUAAGAAUGUAGUGAGGUUGUACGACGUAUUGCACAGCGAUAAAAAGUUGACGUUGGUCUUCGAACAUUGCGAUCAGGACUUGAAAAAGUAUUUCGACAGUCUAAACGGAGAAAUCGAUUUGGACGUGGUCAAAUCCUUUCUCUACCAAUUGCUCCGUGGAUUGGCAUUCUGUCACAGUAGGAACGUAUUGCACAGGGACCUUAAACCACAAAAUUUGCUGAUCAACAAGAACGGCGAAUUGAAGUUAGCCGAUUUUGGACUGGCGAGAGCUUUUGGAAUCCCUGUAAAAUGCUACUCAGCGGAAGUCGUUACGUUAUGGUACCGUCCACCGGACGUUCUCUUUGGAGCAAAAUUAUACACAACGUCCAUCGAUAUGUGGAGCGCCGGUUGUAUAUUUGCUGAACUAGCAAACGCCGGUAGACCACUGUUUCCCGGUUCGGACGUAGACGAUCAAUUGAAGAGAAUAUUCAAGAUGCUGGGUACGCCGGUCGAGGAAACGUGGCCGGAUUUUACCACUCUUCCAGACUACAAGCCAUUUCCACUCUAUCAUCCCGCUCAGGGAUUGGCUCAAGUUACUCCGAAACUUAAUUCCAGAGGCAGAGACUUAUUACAGAAGUUAUUGGUAUGCAAUCCAGCGUUACGGCUGUCAGCGGACGAAGCAAUGGUGCAUCCCUACUUCAACGAUUUAAACCCUGCCAUUAAAAACGAUCGUUGUCAGUAGUGAAUGCCACAUGAAUUGCCUCGAUCUACAGCGUAUGUCGCGAGUAGCGUAACGACCAAAAUCACGCCGGCAAAGAUCGUUUGUUAAUAUAUAUAUAUAAUAUACAAUAUAUAAAAAGGUAUAUAUAUAUAUUAUAUAUAUAAUAUACAAUAUAUAAAAAAGGUAUAUAUAUAUAUUAUAUGUAUAUAUAUAUAUAAUAUAACUAGUAUCGUAAGUAUAUAUUUCGCACUCGAUGCGUCGGUUAUGACGCGAGACGAAGCGACGAGUCCUGUGUUAUAAUAAGAAUGUCCAAGAGAAAUCAAUAAAUUGUCAAUUUUAUUAGCGACGACGAUUUAUAUUCGAAACGCGCAGAGUGCGUGAUAUAUUUCAGAAACUUACUGUACAAAAUAUCGCCAAAGAUUUCCGUAAACUACAUACACACGCGUAUUGCUGAUCUUAUACCGACUUGUAUUAUGCAUCGCGUCUAGUCGCGUGUAGUCGCGUCUAGCCGCGUAUGUACGUUCGUUUAUUCACUUGCUCACUUAUUUUGUAGAUGUUUGUAUAUUUAUUAAUUUAUCGAUUCGUUAAUUUAUCUGUUUAUUUACCGAUUACGAAAUGAUUUACAGAUAUAUUAAAUACAUUUCAUAAAGAUA